GCCUGGGGCAAGCUUCCUACGAGUUUACCCGAGAGGGCAGGUAGAGGAAGGCAGGGCCGGAAAGUGAUUCCGAAGGGGCUGACGAGGGCUUCGGGGAGGGGCCUGGAGGAGGUGGCCUGACCUCAGAGACACAGUCGGCACUGAGAGACAAAGUCCACUUGUGUGGAAGUGCCAGCAGAGAGACAGGAGGGCCAUUUUGAGUCUAUGGUCAAAGGAAAUGACUCGUCUGAAGCGGCCUGGGCAGCCAGCUCUACCGGGACUGCCUGAGGGACCUAAGGAUAACUCUCAGAACGGUGGUGAUUCUCACAGAGGACCUUGAGAUUCUGCAUUCAAUGUCAAAUGUUGCUGGAUUUGUUUUGAGACUCUUGCCCUAGAGAAUGGCCAAAGGGCUCCUGGUGACCUAUGCCCUUUGGGCUUUCGGGGGUCCUGUUGGACUCCACCACCUGUAUCUGGGAAGGGACAACCAUGCCCUGCUCUGGAUGCUUACCCUGGGAGGUGGUGGGUUGGGCUGGCUCUGCGAGUUCUGGAAGCUCCCAGGCUUUGUCGCUCAAGCCAACAGAGCCCAGGGGCAGAAGCAGAGGCUAGGAGAGGGGAUACCACCUCUGAGUUUCCUUCGCUUUGCUGCCCAGACCACAGUGGGUAUCUAUUUUGGUCUUGUGGCUCUGAUCAGCCUCUCUUCCAUGGCCAACUUCUACAUUGUGGGACUCCCUCUGGCAGUUGGCUUAGGGGUCUUGCUGGUGGCUGCUGUUGGCAACCAGACCUCAGACUUUAAGAACAUAUUAGGAGCAGCCUUCCUCAUGUCCCCUGUGUUUUAUGGCCGCCCCAUAGGCAUCCUGCCCAUCAGUUUGGCUGCCAGCGUUACAGCCCAGAAGCAUCGGAGAUACAAAACUUCAGCGGAGUCAGAGACGAUUAGUGUGCGGCUCUACCGGCUGGGCUUGGCUUACCUCGCCUUCACAGGCCCGCUGGCAUAUAGUGUUCUGUGCAAUACAACCGCCACCCUGAGCUACGUGGCGGAAACCCUUGGCUCCUUCUUGAGCUGGUUCAGCUUUUUCCCACUUCUUGGCCGCCUCUUGGAGUCUGUCUUCCUUCUGCCUUGCCGGAUCUGGUGGCUACUGGUUGGGGAUCCUGGCUUCACCAGUAGACAGUUCCAGGAGUGGGAAAAGCUCUAUGAAUUUGUUGAGAGUUUUCAGGAUGAGAAACGCCAGCUGGCUUACCAGGUUUUGGGCCUUCCAGAAGGGGCAACCAAUGAAGAGAUACAUCGGACUUACCGAGACCUGGUGAAGGUCUGGCACCCAGACCACAACCGGCACCAGAGAGAUGAGGCCCAGAGGCGCUUCCUGGAGAUUCAGGCUGCAUAUGAAGUCUUGAGUCAGCCCAAGAAACCCAGAGCAUCGUGGAUGUGAAAAGUAACACCUUGAUGGACUCAAUCUCAGCAGAGUUGGGCAACAUAUUAAAAAAUGCAUCCCAAAAAUGCCAAAGAAGCUGCUUUCAGCAGAGACAAGGAAGACUUCAAAGACUUGAGAAAGUUUGUGAUAGAACAUAUAUUUAUAUUCUGAAUUUCUAAACUCUUGGCUACUGUUUUUUUGUGGGGGGGGCAGAGUUUCUCUGUGUGGCUUUGGCUGUUCUGGAACUGGCUCUGUAGACCAGACUGGCGCCUCAAACUCACAGAGAGCUGCCUGCCUCUGUCUCCCGAGUACUGGGAUUAAAGGCGUGCACCACCAAUGCCUGGCUUCUAUUCUUGAUUAUAUUUUCUUAAGAGCGUUUAGUGAAAAUCAAUAAAAUGUCUUUCAAAGAAUA